AUGGAGGUGCUGGAAGAACGGCGUACUAAUGGAAUGGUUGGAAAAGAAACAGCGUCUCGUGCUUCCGUCAAAAAGAAUAUGAAACGACGAAGCAGUCCAGCUUAUGGUGCUCCUCCAAGAUGGCAGUGUUCCCGAUGCUGCUCCUCCAGGAUGGCAGCGUUCCUGAUGUUCGUCGCGCUGAUGCAAAUGGUGUCGUUGGUCGCCAGGGGCUCGGUAAUCAUUUAA